AUGGCCGACAAAGUAUCGUGCAGCGAGCUUCAAGUUCUGAAGGAGUUUGACAAAUACAUCAUUGCUGUGGAAAAGGAAACCAAUUUCACAGAUGAAUUUCUUUCCUCUUGCAAGAAGGAUAUUUGUGGUGCGAUAUGGGGGGACACCAAUCCAGAUAUAUCAGGAAUAGGUGUUUCUAUAGGAUACGCAGUCGAACUUGCUCUGGGAUUCUCCUUAGCUGUUGCUGUCUUGCUGAUCCGACAGAGGCAGGGUCGAAAGUGGGAGUUUUUCCAGAUCGUUACCAAGAAAGGUCUAGAAGCCUUCUUCGAGUUCGCGGUCUACUUCGCCAUUGCCGUGGAGCUUGCAACAACUGUUAUGCUUGUCAACAAAGACUUUGGCAUCAACACCGCCGGCUUUGGGGCCAAUGAAGCACAGAACGCGUUGGCCAUCGCCAUCAUAUGCGCAAUUCCGCUCGUGUAUCCAAUUGCACUUCUGCCCACAAGGAUGUUCCACCCAGAGAGUGGAAGACAGAAAGCUAUUGAAAGGAAGUCAGAGCAAGAAGAUAAGAAGCACAAGUUUCGGCUGUUGCUUUUCUGUCUAGUCAUCGUCCUGUUUUUCUAUCCGUUUCUUUCACAAUGUAUCCACAACUGGGGGCCUUUGCGGGUUGGCGAAGGAGCUGGCAAAAACGGUUCAACGUUGAUUAAGCACGAUGACUGGGCUCGGAUCCAGCAAAUGUGUUUUGGACACGUCGGAAGAUUGACAGACGCGGAGUACUGGCUGCUUGCCAUUUGCGAAAUCAUCGCCUCGCUCUUAAUCCUCCUCUUCACGCUGUGGCACGCGAUGGGAGUCGGUUUACAACGUUGGAAGGACGAAGAAAAGUUCCAAGGGAAAGAGGGGAAAGGCACCGUCAUGUUGUCGAGAACACGUAAUGUGCUUCAAAGGGGUUGGCAUGGCCACCGCAUUAUGCUUCUGUUCUUGCCAGUCGUGUUGGGAGGAGUCCUACUUUGGUGUAUCUUUCGGCUACGGAAUAUUCAAGAAGCGGCCGCCUUUAGGUUGAAGAUCGAUUAUUCCGGCAAUGACUGGGGAUUCGGGCAGAUUGUUGGUAUCAUUAUCUUCGCUCCCGUUGUGGCUGACAUGGGGUUCGCUGCCUGGACGUCGUGGUCUUUACUGGGCAGGGAUGAGUACGAUACUGUUAGUAGCCAAGGCAGUAUUUAG